UUAAAUAAACGAUUCCGUAUAAAAUAAACUAAAUUUUAUAAGAAUUAUAGAGAUGUCACGAUUAUUUUCAUUUUUGAAAAAUAGCAAAAAAUUUUUGGUUGUGCCAAGGUUAUUUGCUCAAACAAAUGGAUCUGAAGUUUCCGAAUCAAAUCUAGUAUCAAUUUUAAAAAAUAAAUUUCCAAAGGCGAAUGUUGUCGAAGUAGAAGAUAUUUCUGGAGGAUGUGGUGCAAUGUUCAAAAUAUUCGUUGAAACAUCAGAAUUCGAAGGAAAUACUGUGAUAAAGCAACACAAAAUGAUAACAGAAGCGUUAAAGGAUCAAAUUAAAGAUAUGCAUGGUUUAACAAUACAGACUUCUAUACCAAAAGUGAAAUAGUAGUUUCAAAGUGAAUAACACAAAUAAUUUCCCAUUUACUUUAAAAUAAAUAAUAUAACGUAGCAAGAAUUAAUUUUUGAAAUGUUAGUUUAAAAUUAGACUUACCGAUUUCAAAGUUAAUUUGUAUGUGAAUUUAAAUAUAUAUCAAGUGUUAGAUA